GGGCGGGGCUGGUCUGACCAGUGAAGCAUGGAGGAAGUUCUGAGGACAUCUCUCCACACAACCACUCUGACUGCACGAGGAGGAGUGGCUGCUGGAGGCUGCAUCAGCAAUGGCAGGAGCUACCAAACAGACAAUGGCACUGUCUUCAUCAAGCACAAUACAAAACCAGAGACAAGAUCGAUGUUUGAGGGUGAGUAUGCCAGCCUAGAUGCACUGUACAGCACCCACACUGUCACAGUUCCCAAACCAAUCAAGGUAUUCCCCGAUGGUUCUGGUAGUGGCUGGUUCUUUGCAAUGGAGCAUUUGGAAAUGACAGGCCGAUCGAAAUAUCAAGAAUCAUUGGGAGAGCAACUUGCAAAACUGCAUCUUCACAACAUUAGUCUUAGAGGGACCGAUGCGUUUGUAUCAGAGUUUGGAUUCCCAUGCCCCACGUCCUGUGGUCUCAUUCCCAUGCCUAACCACUGGACACACAGUUGGAUUGAGUUCUAUAUUACCAAGCGAUUGGAACCACAAGUGGCCUUGACAGAGGGUGGUGGUGAAACGGAGGCCAGAAUUCUCUUGGAUAAGUUGAAACAGAAAAUUCCAGCAAUGUUUGAGGGUUUGGAGGUGGUACCUUCUCUGCUGCACGGUGAUCUAUGGUCAGGCAACUUUGACGAGACUGACGACUACCCAGUGGUGUUUGAUCCAGCAUCAUUCUAUGGUCAUCACGAGUUUGAUCUGGCCAUUACAAGAAUGUUUGGUGGAUUUGACGGAAAGUUUUACGAUGCUUAUCACAAGUUAAUUCCGAAAUCACCUGGAUUUGCUACUCGACACAAACUGUACAUUCUCUUCCAUUACUUGAACCACUGGAAUCAUUUCGGAGGUGGCUACAGAUCACAGGCCAUAUCUCUGCUACAAGAACUGUCUUUGUGAACAUUAAUAAUAUUAUAUAUCAUUUUAAUAUCAUUGUUAAACAGUUGAAGCAAAGAAAAACUUUUACGAUCAGAA